ACAAGGCACGAAUUUUAACCUAAUUAUGUAUCUCUUUAAUAAUUUUAAAUCUUAAACAUUUUCUAAAUCUCAGGCCAAAAUAAAAGAACGAAAUGAAAAUAAACUCAAAAAUCAAUAUUUAUAUAGAGUAAUAACUAAAAUGAAAAAGCGACACAAAAAUGAGAAAAAUAUUGAAGAUAGAUAGGAUUGACACGUGAACGAAAAUUUCUCAUAACCAUAAUUAACUUUUAAAUUGCUAAAUCAUGAUAUAAAACCAAGCUGACAUAGUUUCAUUGUAAUCAAAUAGUAGGUAUGAGAUUCUUUGGCCUAAAUGUUAGGUUUUUAUUCGAUAACUGAUUUUUUGAAUUACAAUAUUUUAAAAAAUGAGAUCAGUUUAUCAGUAAACAAAUUAUGUUAACAAUUUUUUUUAAAAAAAUUAUUUAAAAGUCAAAAAUAUUAAUUCGAUCAAGAAUAUAAAUUUUAUUUUCCUAUACGAUUUUUCUUAAAUAAUUUUCAUAUAAGAAAAAAUUGGCAAAUUGGGCAAAUCGCAAGUUCGAUAUUAGGGAGUUGGGCGACCUCAAGUUUAAAUUAGUAAAUUGGGCAAAUCGCCUUUUCCAGACUUGUGAAAUGUCGACAGAGGGCGCGCGUGGUUCUUGAUAUUACGACCCUGCCACCUCUGGAUUUUUUAUUUAAAAAAUCCAGAAAAGAAAAGAAAAGAAUAAAAAAAAAUUAGAAAAACAAAAACCUCACAUCAAAAUAUACCAGAACCACCUCUAAACAGCUGCAAUUGAGAACCAUCCGCCAUAUCCUUUCCUCCCUCACAAUAUCGGGUGCAGCUCAUGCCUCUGUGUGUAAAAUUCGCUGCCUCAAGUUCCCUUCUUCGGUAGCCUUUUUUACUCCUCAACAAGGAGACAGGCAAAGAGAUAGGGUUCAUACGUUUUUGUAUUAAAUAAUUAAUAUUUGUCCUGUUUUUAAUUAAUAAAUUAAAGUAAAACACAUGUUUUCCAAAGUCACCAGUCAUUAAUGGCCAUUCGUCCACCUUGGAGCCGUUGUUUCCCGCGAGAAAUCUUCAACUAUGAGGCCUUCAAGUUUUGGGGUCAAAUAGCCCAAAAAAGAAGCCCACUACCAUGUUUCCUUCUGAAAUUAAAAUAAUAUAAUAUUAAAAUCAUCUUUUACACGCACAUCCGGCGCGCGUGUGUCGGUUUUCCUGAGACAAGUUUUUCUGGGCAAAAGACAGCUUAGUCCCACGAAUUUCAGUUCAAGAUUGUUGGGCAAAAAGGUUAAAACUGUCCACUUUUUCUUCUCUCUCCUACUAGGUUGCCCAACAACCUAAUUAAAGCAUGGGCUUGCCAAAUUUCUAAUUCAAACUUGAAAGUUGCCCAAUCUUCUAAAUUUCCCAGUAAUAUAAUAUUAAAAUCAUUUCUUACAUGCACAUCCGGCGCGCGUGUGUCGGUUUUCCUGAGACAAGUUUUUCUGGGCAAAAGAUAGCUUGGUCCCACGAAUUUCAGCUCAAGAUUGUUGGGCAAAAAGGUUAAAACUGUCCACUUUUUCUUCUCUCUCCUACUAGGUUGCCCAACAACCUAAUUAAAACAUGGGCUUGCCCAAAUUUCUAAUUCAAACUUGAAAGUUGCCCAAUCUUCUAAAUUUCUCUUUAUAUAAUUCACCAUGCGCAAGGCGCACAUGUCUUUUCCUAGUUUAUAUUAAUAUUUCAAGAAAAUUAUCAUAUAAUUCUGUUGUAUUUAAAAUAAAAAUGAUAAAAUAUGGUAACUUAUCUCAUUAAGCUUAAUGAGAAAAUAUUGUUAAUUAACUAUAUGUGGUGAAUUUUUUUUCUUCUUUAUAUAUGCCUAUAUUAAGCUAGUUUCAUUCUUAUCUUGGGAGAGAUAAGGGUGCCAGACGUCCUAGAAACAAACAAAGGCAAAAGAAUGCCAUAUAUUGUUUUAUGUUUGUAUUUUAGUUUAUUUUGUCAUUAAUCUCCUAAUUUGAUAUUUUCUGUAAUUUAUGAAAGAAUUAUCUAUUUUUCCAAAUAUUUAACGAACUGUUAGAUGUUACAUUCGCAAUUUGUGUUUUUUGCACAUAUAUAUUAUAGAAAUACUCCAAAUGAACUAUAAUUAAUAUAACAUUUAUUUUAUAGAAGUAAUUAAGGAUCUUUGUACGUGUAGAAGAAGGUGAUGAUUAUUUAAUUGAAACGUGACACGAAACAUAAACUUAGAGAUAUUUCCUCUUUUUUUAAAGAAUAAUAUAAAAGGAUUUUUUUUUUUUGUAUUUGAAGCUUCUUUAUGUGAUUGUAUUUAAUUUUUUUUGUAGAUGCUAUUUUACGGGAUUUCACUAACUAUAGCAAUAUAUUUGCAAAUCAUAGGAAACACAAUUAGGAUAAAAAUAUUAGUACACAUAUACAUCAAGAUAACUAUAAAAAUAAAAUUUGUACAUAUAUGUAUCUAUUGUAAACUAUGAUUUUUGUUACCUUCUCCGUCCCUAUCAACUUAACGCACAGUUCUAUUUAAAUCUUUUCAAAAUAUGAGAUUAAGGACUCAUCGGAACACCAAUAAUAUCAAGAGAAAUGAACUCUUCCGACGUUAACUUCUCUCUUCUACAAAGCCAACCAAAUAUUCCCCCAGAAUUCUUCUGGCCGGAAAACGAUUUGACCCCUUCAGAAGGAGACCUCAACCUUCCAAUCAUCGACAUGAGUGGAUUCCUGAAUGGGGACGAGGCCGAGACACAGCGUGCAGCUAAGGCUGUAAGAGAAGCGUGCAUGACUCACGGUACCUUUUUAGUGAUCAAUCAUGGCUUCAAGUCGGGCUUGGCCGAGAAAGCUCUUGAUAUAUCGAGUUUGUUCUUUGGACUACCCAAAGAUGAGAAACUAAAGGCUUACAGGACCCCUGGGAAUAUCUCUGGCUAUACUGCAGGUCAUAGCCAGAGAUUCUCCUCCAAUCUUCCAUGGAGUGAGACCUUGACUUUGGCCUUCAAAAAGGGUCCACCUCAAGUUGUUGAGGAUUUUCUAACAUCAAAGCUAGGUGAUCGUCGUCAAGAGAUCGGUCAAGUGUUUCAGGAAUUCAGUGAGACAAUGAACCGUUUGAAUCUGGAGCUGAUGGAGCUACUAGGAAUAAGUAUGGGUCUAAAAGACCGGACAUAUUUCCGGAGAUUUUUUGAAGACGGAAACGCUAUCUUUAGAUGCAACUAUUACCCGCCGUGCAAACAGCCAGAAAAAGCUCUUGGUGUUGGCCCUCAUAAUGACCCGACAGCUAUAACUGUUCUGCUCCAAGACGAUGUUGUGGGUUUGGAAGUCUUUGCUAGUGGAAAGUGGCAGACCGUGCGCCCUCGUCCGGGUGCUCUUGUUGUCAAUGUUGGAGACACCUUCAUGGCAUUGUCAAACGGAAACUACAAGAGCUGUUUCCAUAGAGCAGUGGUUAACAUGGAGAAAGUAAGAAGGUCACUGGUGUAUUUUUCUUGUCCUAGAGAAGACAAGCUCAUCAUUCCUCCUCCUGAACUUGUGGAAGGCGGAGAAACUUCUAGAAAAUACCCUAACUUCACAUGGCAUCAGCUCCAGAGAUUUACCCAGUCUGGCUAUCGAGUCGACAACACCACUCUCGAAAAGUUUUCUUCUUGGAUCGCCUCCGACUCCUCCAAAAAUUAAGCCGUCGAAAAGAGAUCAGCUUCAUUUGUACUUUCUCUAUCCAUAUUUUCGGGGGUGUGUUAUCAUUAGCAGCUUGUUAAUUAUUACUCUAAUUGUUUCAUAUUAUAAAUGUUAUAGCUGUUUUUUAUAUUUGUUGAAUAUUUGAAGUUCAUAUUUAUCAACUAAGAUUAUUAUAUGACUAUCUUCAUAAUAUUUGAUUAGUAUUAGUUAAAAGGUUCUAAAGAAAAAUGUUGAAAUAAGUUAUAUAAUAUUACAAUCUUUUUUCAUCAAGGAAAAUGCCGAUCUAUUAAAGGAAAAUCUCGUAGAUAUGAGUCAGACCACUGAUGAUGAUUUUAACAUAGCCAAAUAAAGAAACCGGCAUUAAAUGUCUGAUUUGGUGAGAAAACUUGAGAAAUCCUAUGUAAAGAUUCUUUGAGCUCUAUUUUCACACAACCAAGAAAAAAUAGUCUAGAGAGAAGUGAGAGUAUGAAUGAGUGUGUAGAGAGCGAAGAUCAGGAGGAGGAGCAAAGAAGUUCUACACCGGUAAACACUAGAGAGUUCAAAAUCUUCGAAAUCCUUGAGAUUCUUCUAAAGUGAGGGUUUGAUUAGUGUCAGCCCACUAAUCUGUAUUUUGUCUUGGUUUUGUUUGUUAGGAUUAAAACUGUGCAUUAAGGGAAUCAUUUAUAUAAAGUUCGUUCUUCUUCGUUUCUCGAGGUGGUUUUCAAAGAUCGAAGAACGUUCUUGUGACUGUAAGAAUUUUGCAUCUUAGAUUGCAUGUGUUGAUGGUAUGUUUACAUUGAUAUGUUUUGUGAAUGAACAUAGAAAUGAUCUUGAAAGAAAUUGACAUGUUAAGGUGAAAAUGUUAUAGGACAAAAUUAAGAAUGACGCUAAUUAGGAAAAUUACGGGAUUAGAUCAAUGAUAUUAAAUAAAAAAGUAAGUUUUGGCUUCAGACCGUAAAAUAUGUUUAUGAUUGUGUUUUGGCUAUGGGUAUGUAUGUUGGCGUUAGCGGUGAUGGACCACCGGGUCGGUGGACCUUAGGUCAUAUGUAAUGUGGAUUGCCGAGUAUGUGAACCUUCAAUAGUAGGGAUUGUCGGGUUGGUGGACCUUUGAUCAUAGGGAAUUUUAGGUCAUGGACCUUCGGUCAUAUGUUAUGAGGAUUGUCAAGUCGGUAGGCUUUGAUCAAAGGAAUCGUUGACUCUAUGAAAUCGUUGGAUUAAUUAUCCCGAACAUUUAACGUGACUCUGGAAAAUGUCUUUUGUUGGGGUCAAAAUCGAUCCUAGAGAAAUCAAUAGCUAAAAUCACCCGAAAAUUGUAUCAUUCACAAGAGUGAGGCAGAAAUCUUGAGAUAGCACAGCAUACGCCGUCCAUACUUGGACAAAAAAUACAUAGAACAAACUCUGCAUAUUUCUUUGCGAAAAAGAAAUAAAGAGAUUUUUGUCCAAACAAGAUUUAUUCUGAAAAACAUUAUUUCAAGAGGUUUUUCCGAAAAACACCGCGGUUUUACGAAAUAAUAUUCUGUAAAAUAAACUUCAAAAAGUUUCUAUGGAUUUUUUUUUAAAUCUAGCAAAAAGAAUUUUUAUGAAAAAAUCUUUCGUAAAAUAAGCUUCAGAAAGUUGCUACGGAAAAAUUUUCGUAAUAUUAGCAGAACAAUUCUAAAAGCAUACAAAACCGUCAAUGAAGAACAGAAAAGACAAUACAAGGGAAGAAAGUGGCCUCAUCACGGGACCACAUCACCCUGCCUCAUCUCCUUUCCUCAACCCCGGAUCACAUUUCCUUACCUCUUCGCCCUUGAGCUCCCUCUCUCUCCUCUUCGCUUUGCCUCAUCAUUGUGCCUCAUCGCCCAACCUCAUCGCCCGACCUCAUAUCAUGAGCUCAGCUCCAAACCUUAUCACAUGAGCUCAUCGUCCUCAGCUCAUCUCAAUGGUCUCAUUGCUCCUCUCCGUGUAUCAUCGCCCUUAGCUCCUCUACAUGGCAUCAUCACCCAUUCUCAUCACCCUCAGCUCCUCCCCAUGGCAUCAUCACACAUGAGGCUCUCCCUCUUCCUCAUAGCCUCACCACAUCGCACAUGAGGCUCUCUCACUACAAGAAAAGGAUUUUAUUGGCGGACGGAAAACGCUAUCUAACGAUACAAUACGGUUUAUCAAGCGAUGUAUCAUCGCCUGUUAUAGUAGAUCAAAUACAUUAGAUAGUGCUUUUUUAUAUGCAAUUAAAUAUUAUUUAAUAGCAUUUCUUUUUUUUGUUAUUACAGAACAAAAAUAAAAUGGAAAAAAUAAAUCAAAAAUUAAAUUAAAAAUCACAAAUCAAAAUAAACAAAUUAACAAUAAAUUUGAUGAGAAAAUUGGCUUCUAUGCCAUAAACUAAGACCAUAUUUAUGAGUGAAACUGUUUUGUGUCAGUGACUGCUCUCUUUCUCUCAUCUCCUCUUUUAGUUCUCUGUAUUUUUCUCUCUUGUUUUUUUCCUAAGUUUUUUCUUCCUCUUUCUCAAUUACUUUUCAUUUUAUCUCUUACUUUUAUAUCUUCUCCUCUCAACUAAGAACAAUAUUCUAUGUUUCUUACUAAAUGAUUCAAACUAGGUUUUAUUGUCUCCAUUGAGUUUUUUUCUGAGUUUGAUUGUUCUCUUUAAAACUUCUAUUUUUUUAUUUUUGUUGGGUUUUGUCAUUUAGAUCUGGGUUUGCAAAUCGGUGCUGAGAUAUGUUUUGGGACGUAGGUGGAAAUUGUGUUGGAUCUAAAGUUAGAGCAAUUGACGAAGCCCUUUCCAAAUUUUUGAAAAUUAGUAAACAGUGGGGCCUUUUUUAAAUCCUGGUCAUGAUGAGUUCUUGAAGUUAUAUUUCGAUGUGGAUAACUUUUAUGUUAGUCGUUAUUAUAUUGACUAUCUGAUAUUAUCUAGAUUUCAGUGAAUUUUAUAUCUUAUUUCAUUUCGGAGAUACAUGUUUUGUUAGUUGUUACAAACAUGUACCACAAAUUAUAAAUGUUUUGUAAGUUGUCAAAUGAAUAUAUAUAAUUUGUUAGAGCUUCUCCAAAAGACACUCUAAAAUUUCAAAUAUGAAGUUUUUUGUUCUCCAAAAAUGAACUUCAAAACUUUAAAUUUGAAGUUUUGAAGAGUCAAACUCUAUAUUUGAAGUUUCACUACUCAAAACUUCAAAUUUGAAGUUUCAUAUUUUUAUUUGUAUUUUGGUCCCUACAAUCACACAUCAUCUUUAUAAUUCAUAAAUAUUUUCUUGUUUAUUGUUUUAAUCCUUAAAAAAAUUAUAUCUCAUAUAUAUUUUAAUUUUUGUUUACAGAUUUUAAAUUUUACACAUAAAAUUAAAUAGGGCUUUUUCAAAUAUGACCUAAAAUUUCAAGUCAAAUACAAAAAUAACUCAUGCUUUUUCUGAAACUUUUUUCCCCUAUUCACUAUAGAAGUUUGAGUUAUUCACGAAGAUACCAUUACAUUUUUUUUCUUUGUUGCAAAUAAUUCUUUCACCUUAUCAUCCUCAUCUUCACCAAGUAUUUACAAUAUUGCAAUUGCCAUCAAUACACUAACCACCAUGAACAACCAAUUUGAAGCUCUUAAUGCAUCAAAGUUUCGAUUUUUACUCUUCAUAUCUCAUUACUUAUGCACACAAAUCACAUCUCUUUCACUCUCUUUUCAAAUUCAUCAAAAAAAAAAAACUAAAAUUUUGAUUCCAAGCUUUCUAAGGUUCAUAGAAACAUUGAAGCUCAUGAUUCAAGGUCAUUAACGACUUGAUAACUUUUGUAGUGAAGUUAUGGGUACUUGGAGAAGCAAAACAAGUAAUCUCACAGGCUCAAGAUAUGAAAUCAUUUUUUUCUCAGUCUGUUAGCAAAGACUUUCAGAAAACUUCGGGAAGACUUUCAGAAGACAUCGCUAGAUGUGUUCUCCAUCAAGAAGACUUCCCUAGAAGUCUUCUAACUUUCCUUUAUUAAUAAAAAAAAAAAGAAAAUCCCAGAGAAGACUUCUCGGAUAAAUAGGUUAGUUUUACAAUUGACCAAAGUUUGUCAGAAAUUUGACUUCUUAUAGAAGACUUCUCCGGAAGUCUUCUCGGAAAAACUUCUAUAGAAGUCUUCUGAAAGUUUUUCCGAAGUCUUCUCACUGUCGCAAGAAGUCUGUGACUUUUGCAAUUGAAAAAUAAUAGUGAAACAUUUAAUAUUAAUGAGAAGACUUCUUGAGAAGUCUUCUCAAAUUUUAUUCCGAGUUUUGGUCAAACCUCUGGUUACGAGGGAAGACUUCCUACGGAAGACUUCUAGAGAAUUCUUCUCUGGAAAAAGCAGAUAUAGUCAAUUGCAAAAGUAUUCCAGGUAGACUUCUUGCGACAUUAAGAAAACUUUCAGAAGACUUCUCCGAGAAGACGUUCCGAGAAGUCUUAUAUAAAAAGUUAAGUUUCUGACCAACUUCAGUCAAUUGCAAAACUAACAUGUUUAUCCGAGAAGUCUUCUGUAGAGUAGAGACUUCUUAAGAAGUCUUCCUUCGUAAAAUUGCAAUUGCAAAAUUGACCUAAAUAGAAGACAUCUUAAGACGUCUUUGAUGUGGAUAAAGUUUAAUUUCUCUACCACUCUGCUGCAAGCCCAAUAGUGCCGAUAUAGUAGUAAAGAUGUCAAUCCAACCUAUGAUUGUUUAAAGCAUGGAGAAUACAAGAAGUCAUUUAAUCUAAGCAAAUAAAGUUUUGUUUUAGUUUGAUGAACUAGUCUCAGACAACAAACGCAAACAAGAACAGAUUAUAAUCAAGGUUAAAGGCUAAACUCAUGGGACAAGUCAAUCGAUUUCGGGUGAUAGGCUUCAGACUUAAGAUGCUCAACAUAAUCAACUAACAAGUUUCUUUAACCUAGGAACACAAUGAUAAGCUACUCCACUCUCGUGAUAAAAUCUCCUAUGCUAGUCAUGCAUCAAUACAUCAACUCUCGUUGGUCAACUACAGUCAAGCAUGCAUUCAAACAAGUUCUAAUAGUUGAAGUGCCUUUAAUGCAGCAACUCUCGUUGGUCAAGCAGCAAAACACAAUAUGAGACAUUCGGACAAUUCAUCGAACACCUUUCGGGCAAGAGAAAAUUCAAGAUCUAGAAAUAGAGAGAUCAAGUCUAUUCUAGCAUUAAGCACAUCUCAUUUGUAAGAAACAUUAUUAAUCUAGCCUUAAACAUCUCAAAUCAUCCACAUUUUACCAUAAUCUACCUAACCCUUAAGUUUAUAGGGAGAUUACUCACUAAUAGUCAUGAAAACCUUAAACUAUGGUUUAGUUUAAGGGUAAUCAUGAUUAGGUGAAGAGAUAAUCAAGAUAACACAAGAUUAAAUUGCUUAAAGAUUCAAGCUUUUGCAAAAGUUCUUAAGAGAGAAAAAUAGAUCUAAAAAACUAAGAUCUCCUCUAGGGUUUUUCCCUUAACAAGUAUUUAUAGGCAAUGUGGCAUAUGGUUAAUUGCCUUAGCACUAGUGGGCUUCAAAACACAAAGACCCAAACAAAACAGCUUCCCCUAGAGCAUCAAUGUGCAAGAUGCAGCUUUACUAAGGUGGUCACUUCAGGGCUCUAGGUAAUUUCAAAGAUCUCCCUACAACAACAAAGUGCUGAAGACAAGUUCCUGAAGUGGGCACUUCAGAGCUGUAGGUGAAACUGCGUUUCUUCUUCCUCCUCUUCGACUUUGGCCCCCAUAACUUCCAUUUGUGAACUUUUGCCCUCCAUUUAGCCCCAUAACUUUUGAUUGUGCAUUCCAGCCCCUGUAUAUGCAAUCUGUACAAAUGCAACUCCUAAACACUAAAAUGACCCAAAUCUAAUAGCUAAAAACAUAUAAAAACACUAUACAUCAACUUCCCCAAACUUGCUUCUUUACUUGUCCACAAGUAAACUUUCAAAAAGAAUAAAAAAGAGAGGUUUAAAUUGGUAGUUGCUAAGCAAAAGAAACUCUUCAAAGCCAUCAGCGUGAUAUCCAUACAAAAUCAUAGCAAACAGCCAGAACAUGAUUUUUUAUUGAACUCUAGCUUAAGGCCUAUCUAAACUCCAAAUUUUGUUUCUCUACACUCACCACUUAGAAUCCACUACAAGCCAAUCAACCAACCCUCACAUUCAUUAAAACUAAGUCUUAAGGUGAGGUCUCGCAAAUGGGAGCUCGAUCCUGAUCAUUUGGUGAGGUGAAGAAAUGGAUGUGAGUGGUGAAACAAAGGGUUUAGCGCUUUUUGGUGGGUGGUUCACUCUCAAACAUAGGAGCAAUGACAUUAUGCAAAAUCCAUCUAAGAAGGGAAACAAUUUAUGCAUACAACAGUCAAUCCUCAUUGUUCUACCCAAGUCCUAGAGAUGUGAUUAGUGAUCUGCCCUUUUCCUCAUGUCAUUCUUUCUUUCUCUCACCCAAAGCUUCAAAAAUCUCUCACUUUUUUUCACUCACCAGAUGAACUCACUCUUUCCUUGCCAGUCUACUUGGGAUUUCUUUGGUCUAUUUCUUCACUUAGCUCUAUUCUCUUUCUUUUCCCCAUAAUCUAUUGAUUUUUGUUUCUUUCUAUUUCUUAGAUGUUCUUUUUCUUCUCUUCCUUCUAGAGCUAAUAAUUCUUUUGAUCCCUAGUGCUUUUUUCCUUUUAGACUUUUGUGGUUCAUCCUUUUUCUUCUCUCCUUGAUCUAAACAAACAUUUCAGCCCAUACCUUAUACAUCGCCUAAACCCACUACCAAUCCUAAUUGCUAGCUCAAAUGAGUUCCUAAUAGCUAGCCAAAAUGAGAACCAACAGUUGUUUUUCCCAAUACUCUCAAGUUUUUGCACAUGUCAAAGCUAUCAGAACAUGCCUCACUCAAGCAAUUGAACAACAGUGGUUUGAAAGGAAGGGUAGGGUUUUUAGGCGAGGAAACCAUCCUAAGAUGGCCACUUGGAUUGACAAAGAUUGGUAGAAAUGGAGUAAAGACAAUCCAAGUGUGUAUACGGUAUCCAUGAUUAAGCAUUCAAGAGCCCAUAAGCGAGAGAAAUUAGGUUCAUUAGACUCAAAUACAUUGGAUUUGGAAUCAAGGACGAGCAGUUUCAACCAAGCAAUGAGUUCAAGAAGAGUUUUCAAGGCUCAAAACGUACAAACCUUUCAAGAUAUGCUCAUGCUACUAGCUAUGAUUGAAACGAGUAUCACACUGGGUUCUUAGCAUGAGUUCUUUGCAGCAGCUUCCUAUGCACAUGAAUGCAACCUAUAUGCUUGUAGACUCGAUCCUAAUAAUGAAAUGCAACAAAAAUUCUGUUUUUGUUUUUCUUUUAAUUUCAAAAUUUUAUGGGUUUUUGUAUGCAAUAAGUAUUAACAAUGCAAUGCAUGAGACUCAGACAAAACAAAAGAAUAUGUGAGAUAGCAUGUCUCUCCCCUAGACUUACUUCACACAGUCCCUAGUGUGAGAGUAAAGAUGAAGGAAAGACCACAAAGGAUGAAUAAAACAAACUAAGUAUGCACAUGGAAGGGAUGACACUUACUUGGAGCCUUUGCAAGAUGGAUGGGAGGGUAGAUUGGGAGGGGAAGAGAUAUACCGUACCGAGCCGUCCCGCGUGCGUCCCGAUUGGAGCUUCGGCUGGAACCACGUCUAGACGACCAAACCGACUGAACCACAGCCCGUCUUCCCCGACCAACUCGACAUUCUACGACCCACAGUCGAGCCAGACUUAGCUUGGGUCGUGAAGAAACCGAAGACGGACAUGCAUUCUUAUCCGGCGGACUAUCCGGACAGUCCCGCAAGCAUCCUUACCCGUGCAUCCAUCUGGUUCAGAUGAACCUGGACAUUAUCUGAAGGGUCAUCUUUGACCAAUCUGCAUGGAAGACUAAGUCUUUGACUCAUUAAUUCAGAUCUGGUCAAAUUUGUAUUUUCUAUGCAUUAUUUUUGUGUAUUUUAUUUAUUAGUCUUUAAUUACAAACAAUAUAAAUAUGUAGUCUCAUUCUAUGAAUAAAAUCAAUCUAUGUUUUUGAGUUUAUUUUGUUUCUUCUUUUCUCUGAGUGAGAGAGAGAGAGUUAUUUAGCUAGUUCAUUGGUGUGAACCGGCAUGUUGAUUUGGUGGUCAGCCAUUUCAUCUUUGUGUGUUGUUUGGUGGUUAGCCAACACAUUCAUUCUUUCUUGGGUGGUUUGUCUUACAUCGUGGGUAUAUCAAGAGCCAUUCCGCAUCUCUUGAUGAUCCCUUCAAUCCAUUUCAAUUCCAGAAGUGCCAUUUACCUUCUCGGUUCAUUUCCAACACCCAGCUAAAGUGAUCCUUCCCGAUUUAGGGCGUAUUAAGUGGUAUCAGAGCCACUUUGGCUGAUUUGUUUUCUUUCAUCUUUCAUCUUCUCAUCUCUCCACUUUUUUCUUUUCUUAUUUCUUGGAUCCGGACUGUUCUUUUACUCCCUUGUGAUCGCCUAUUAUUAAAAAAAAAAUGGAUAAAAAA